AUGUCCCGCCUCCAUGCCCUGGAAGUCUCCAACAUUCGCUCUUUCGCCGACACCCCCCAGGUGGUCAGAUUUGAAACCCCCCUCACUCUCAUCGUCGGCCAAAAUGGCUCCGGAAAGACGACCGUCAUUGAAUGUCUCAAAUUCGCCUUCACUGGAGUCCAGCCUCCCAAUACCAAGGUUGGCGGUGCUUUUGUCCAUGACCCAAACCUAGAAAAUGCCAAGGUCCUCCGAGCCUUGGUGAAAGUAUCCUUCAAAGCCGCUGAUGGCGGGACUCACGUUGUCGCCCGACGCCUCGAGCUGACCGUCAAAAAGCUCACUCGUUCUCUCAAGACCUUGGAAGGCUCAUUGAACCUCUCUAAGAACGGCGAGAAGACGGUCAUCUCUUCUCGUGUCGCCGAGUUGGACAUGAUCCUUCCGCAAUAUCUGGGUGUUUCUUCUGCCAUCAUUGAAAACGUCAUCUUUUGCCACCAGGACGAAAGCUUCUGGCCGUUGAGUGACCCUUCGACUCUCAAGAAGAAAUUCGACGAGAUAUUCGAGGCCCAAAAAUACACCAAGGCGAUCGAGAACAUCAAAAAGAUUCGGAAAGAAAAGAACGAGGAGCUGGCCCGGGUCAAGAUUUUGGAGGAGCAUGCAAAGAAGGACAAGGACCGAGCCAUCGUCGCUCAGAAGAAGGCCGAGGAUCUUCAGCGAGACGUCGAGUCCUUGAGGGCACGAGUAGAAGACCUGGAGCAGCGCACGGCCAACGCUCGCAAAUUGGCCGAUGAAGCCUGGAGAAAAGGCGAAGACUACGCCAAGAUCAUCGGAUCUCUAGAGGGGAAGCGAAUCGAGGCGCGAGGCAAACAGAACACGAUUGAUGGCCUCCAGCUUCACCUCGACGAAGUCAGCGAGUCCGACGAGUGGUUGCAAACCACCUUGGAACAAUUCCAGGCUCGACAACAGGAGUUGAAGGAUGACAUCAGAAAAAUGCAGGAAAGCUAUAUUGAGCACCAAGACCAAAUCAAGAAGCUUGGAAAGGAACGAGAAGACAAGGUCAAGUCCAAAGGCAAAUACGAACAAGACAAGGAAGAGCACGAGCGGCAGCUGGUGAGACGCAGGGAUAUGGUCCGGGAAGUCGCCACCAAGCAUCAGAUUCGCGGCUAUGACGAUCUCACUGAUGAAAGUCUUGUCGAAGACUUCUUACACAGAAUCAGGAAAAUAUCCAAGGACCAGAAAACGGCCCUGGACCGAGUCAAGCUGGAACAUACUGCAGCACGUCGGGAAGCUCAAACACUCAUCAAUCGAUUGACGGAGCGCAAGGCAGCCCUUCAAGAUAGCAAACUCAGCAUCCGAAAGCAAAUCGAAUCGAAUGACCGAGAAGCCGGAGACUUUCAGCGGCGCGUCGAUCAAAUCGACGUCGAUGAGGGCAGCAGAGCGGUAGUGGAGUCCCGAAUUGACAACCUGAACACGAGAUUGGAUCAGGCACGACAGGCCGCAGGCUCCAGUGAUUGGGAUAAGAAGCUACAAGAGGCAAACUCGGAGCUUCGAUCUCACGAAGAGACGACUUCGAAGCUGAAUGACGAGAUCGUCCAAUCGACCAAGAAAGCCGAGGCCCUCGCCAGAUUAUCGCAUCUGAAGCAAGAGUUGAAGGAACGACAACGAAGCCUCGAGACUCUCUUGAAUGCGCACGGUGACCGUAUCAACAAGCUUCUCGAUCAGGACUGGAAUCCCACCACCGUAGAAAAAGUCUAUCAAGAUGUUUUUACUCGGGCCAGCCAUGAAGCACUCUCGGCCGAACGGGAAAGAGAUUCCGUCGGCCGGGACCUGGAGCAAGUGCAAUUCAAGCAGAAAACUCUUCGGGACGAUAUCGCUCGAAAGAAGGCCGACGCGGAGAAAUAUGACCAAGCAAUCCGUGCGGUGGUUGAGGAAGGUCCGGAAGGAUACGAAGAAGCAUUACAACAAGCGGAAACUGAUGUCGAGAUUGCGCGGGAGGAGACCAACGGAUUUUCGGGUAUGAAUGAUUACUUCCAGAGCAUUUUGGAUGCCAUUCAAGGAGACAAACCUGUCUGCCGUGUCUGCUCACGACCUUUCAAAGGUCCCGCGGAUCCUGUGAUGAGAAGAAUGAAGGAACGUUUCGAAAAGAAAUUGGACGAAACUCGCGCCAUGUACGAGAGGACUAACCCGAAGGAGUUUGAAGCCGAAUACAAACGCCUGCUCGAUCUUCGGGUGGUGUUCGAAGGGUGGAAGAAACUGGUCAAUACCGACAUCCCCGCGGUCGAACGGGAUUUAGCAGAUCUCAACCAUCAACGAGAAUCUUUGCUCGCGAGACUGGAGAAGCACGACAAGACCGUCGAACAGCAACAGCAAGGAAAAACGGACAUUGAGUCGAUUGGUCGGACCGUCGCGUCCAUCGGCAAAUGUGACGGUGAAAUCAAGUCAUUGAGCGCUCAAGCAGAGGAGCUCUCGGCCAAACAAUUCCAGCACCGCGGCGGGCGGACCUUGGAGGACAUCCGCGAAGAAUUGAACGCCACGGCCGAGAAGAUCAGAGGAGGACAGAACCUGAUCAGUCGGCUACGCUCCGAGCAGGAGCAGUCGCGGGUUGCCCUAUCCACCAUGGAAAUUGAGUUGAGGGAUCUCCGAGGCGAGCUGAACACAAUCGGAUAUCAGCUUGACAAGAAAGCGUCGCUGGCCGCUCGGGUAGAGGAAUAUCGAAUGAUGAACCAAAAGCAGCGAGAGGCUUUGGACAAGCUGGACCGAGACAUCGACCAGCUGGACCCAGAAAUUUCCACCGCCCAAGCCAAGUACGACGAUGUCGAUCAGCGAGCCGCUGCCAAGGAACGAGAGAUGUCGCACGAGCACUCAAGACUCAGCGAAAGUGUCACCAGUCUCGAUCUCUUGAAUGAUCAAGUUCGAUCCUACAUAGACCGGGGUGGUCCUGCCCAGCUGGGACGCGUCAAUCGGGAGCUCCAUCACCUGGAAAAGGAGUUGGAUGGCGUGCAGACGGAGCAAACACGAUUGACGCGGGAGAUCAACAAGGUCACCGAACAGAUUCGGGACAGUGAGGCGACGCGAAGACGAUAUUCUGACAAUCUUCGAUAUCGACAGGAAACACGGGCGCUUUCCAAAUUGAAGGAAGAGAUUGAAGAGCUGGCCCGUCACAACGCCGAGGCGGAUCGGGAUAAGUUCCAGCAAGAAUCGUCGAAAUGGACGCGCGAGCACAGCAAACUCAGCGCCCAACAAGCCGGGUUGAUGGGAGAGAUGAAGACGAAGGAUGCACAGCUGGGCGAGCUCCUGGAAGACUAUGACCUGAACCUCAAAGAUGCACCGACGCGAUACAAACAGGAUCAUAUCAAAGUAGAGGCACUCAAAGCGGCGGUGGAGGAUUUGGCUCGGUACGGAGGAGCGUUAGACAAGGCCAUCAUGAAAUAUCACAGCCUCAAGAUGGAGGAAAUCAACGGCAUCAUCGAGGAGUUAUGGCGCAAAACUUACAAAGGAACCGAUGUGGACACCAUCAUGAUUCGAGCGGACAAUGAGUCCGCGCGCGGUAACCGAUCAUACAAUUAUCGCGUGGUGAUGGUCAAGAGGGGUGCGGAAAUGGACAUGCGAGGACGAUGCAGUGCCGGUCAAAAGGUCCUGGCCAGUAUCAUCAUCCGGUUGGCCCUGGCCGAAUGUUUCAGCGCGAAUUGUGGAUUGAUUGCAUUGGACGAGCCGACGACAAACCUGGACCGGGACAACAUCCAGAGCCUGGCAGAAUCGUUGAAGGACAUCAUUCAGUAUCGUUCUCAGCAAUCGAAUUUCCAGUUGGUGGUGAUCACGCACGACGAAGACUUCCUGCGGCAGAUGGAUUGCGCCCAAUUUGCCAGUCACUACUAUCGAGUGUCGAGAGACCUAUCACAGAAUUCAGUCGUUCAUCGACAGCGCAUUACCGAGAUGAUGUAA